AUGUCGGUUCUAUUCAUGACUCUUCUCUUUGUCUGCUUCAUUGUCGUUGUUCUUGGAGCAGGUAAUUUUUCAUUUUUCUUCCGUUUUUUUCAUUUUUUUUGGAAUGAAUUUCGAAAAAAAAUUGAAUUUAUUUCAGGAAGUCUCCAAACUUGCACAGAUGCUCAGCAAAUUUUGAUGCCAUGUGUUUGUUGUAAAAAAGAAUGCUGGUUCACAGCCACUGAGGUGAGAAUUUUGGAAAUAUAUUUUUCAAAAAAAAAAACAUGAUAUAAAUAAAUAAUUCAGCAAAAUCUUGAUGUUUAUUCCCAUAUCUAACUCUAUUUAUACAUACAUUUAUUUUUACUUCAUUGCAAAGAUUUUUCCCAAAUAUGUAUAAAUGAUAUCAUAUUUUUACAGAUGGCAACUGAAUAUUACGGACAUAUGCCUGGAACUGGUGGACAAUCGGAAACUCAAAUGACACUUCAAAUCAUGAGAACUUGUAUGCAAGAUGAAUGUGGAGAUGUUUGCAAAAAACAAUAA